AUGAUUUAAAUAUUGUUCCACUUUAAUAUUUUGUUGUAUACAAUCAAAUCUUAAUUGGUUAUUCAACAUAAAUAUGCAUACAAUGAUACUUUGUAGCUUAAUAUUAUACCUAAAGGUCAAGCCUGCAAAUAUACAGAUUAUUUAAUAAACACUUAGACAAUCUAAAAAGCUCAUUAUAUCAAUUGCACAUCUCCUACUCGCAAUUAUAUAACUUUAAAUUAAGAAUAGUAAUAAGUUUCAAAUUGUGAUUUUGAAGGAUGUCCAAAAGGAAUAUGCAAAUAUUAUUGUACUUAUAAAUGUUUAAUAUCUUUUGACUUGUAUUAUUAGGGUACAUAGAUUAACAACAAUGUUUUAACAUUUAAACUCUAUAAUUACAGUUAUUCUAAUACUUAUACAUCACCCUAUGAAUAUUAAUUAGACUAAGGGUUUUGUGAUAAUUAAAAAUAUGAAAUUUUGUAAAUAAAUAUAACCCAAACUCAAGCUUCCCUUUUAAAUUUCACAAUUUCAACAAAUUUAGUAGAAGAUGCUUAGGUAUCAAUAAAAAACCUUUAUAUACUCAAUUAUCAAUUUAAUUGUUAUCCAAGAUGUUCAACUUGUGUAGGUCCUGAAUAUAAUCAAUGUUCGACCUGUUUUUAUGGUAGCUAAUCAGAAUAAAUUUGUCCAACUUGUCCAUCUGAUUAUUACUAUGUUGAAUACAAGGGUUGUCUACAAAAAUGUAAUUUUAUUGAGCCUUUAUGUUUAAAUGGGUUUUGUAAAAUUUGUUCAUGUAAAAUACUUGAGUAAUUUUAGCUUAUAUCUAAUAUUCUACCAAUCUAUCUAAUUCUUCUGAAUAGAUCUUAUGGUCAAUAAAAUAUGAUACUAAACAAUAUUCUAAUAUACAAUAACCUUAACUAUUAUGGUUUAAUUAAUUUUUUUAUGGAAUAUUUAAAUAUAAUAAUGGAAUAUCUAGAUUUAUAUAUGAGAUUAUACCAAAAAUUGGUUAUUAUAUUGGGAUUAAAAUAAAAUUAAUUCUUUUUGAUGAUUUACCUCUUGAAUGCGGAAUUCAUUUUAAGUUUAAUCGAACUUAUUAUGGUUCUAUAUUUAAUACAAGUUCAGGAAUCAAACUACAUAAUUUUACAUAAAGUAAUUGUAUAAAAUAAGAACUAUCUUAUCUAUUAAGUACUAAUAAUUAUUUAUGUGAAAUUUAUGGAUAUUUUGACAUUCCUUAAUAUCCAUUUUUAUUCACAGCAAUAGGAAAUCUUACGUAUAUUUUAAUAUAAAUUAGAAAUUAAUAUGCUGGUUGGGGAUUGAUAGGUAUAAAAAUUACUACAGAUUAUUGUACUGAUUAUUGUUUAGUUUGCGAUAUAUCAUAUAAAUGUAAGACUUGUGAAAGUCCAUACUUAUUAUAUCGAGAUGGUACUUGUAUCUUAAAAUGUGAUAAUGUGUAUUAAUCCAAUAAUUAAACUUAUUGUAAAGAUUUUGAUGAUGAAACACCAUGUAAAAUUUAAUAUAUCAUAGAUUCUGAACUUAUUAUAAGUGAAAAUAUAAAUCAUACAUUUGAGUACAAUUCUUAAUAUAAACUUAUCAAAUAAUUUAAAAGAAAUUUCUUGAAAGGAGAAAAUAUACAUUAUUCUUUUUGGAAUGGAUAUCCUAUCUUUGGUGGUUCAUAUAUAUGGGCAUAAGCAUAAUUUGAAAGAAUCCUUUUAAUAAAUAGACCACAUCAUAGUAUUUCAAUAGCUUUCUACAUUUUAUAUGGCCCUGAAUUUCCAUCUGAUAGUAAAUUUAUAUGUUCUAUUAAUGAAAAUAUACUGAUUAUUAAAAAUAAAAAUGAUGCGAAAUAAUAGAAUGAUGGAACUUUUGUAGAUGUUAUUUCAGAGAAAAUAAAUCAUAACACAAAUACACUCAAUAUUACUAUUGAAUGCUAGGGUGAAAAUAAUGAACCAAUAAAAGCUUUUUGUGGAUUAUACAAUUUCUAUCUAGUAGUUCAUUAUUGUCAACCUUAUUGUAAUAAAUGCACAGAUCAUUUAACUUGUUAAGAAUGGAAUAGGACAGAUUAUUUAACAUAAAUUCAAUUUUCUUAAGUUGAUUGCAAUACUACUUAAUAUUUUAAUGUUCAUUAAUCAUUAUGUUUUGAUUGCCCUUCAUCUUGUAAGAGAUGUAACUCAAAAUCUGAAUGUUUGGAAUGUAACGAAUAAUUCAAAUUAACAAAUUUAGGUUGUUUUUGCACUAAAGGUUAAUUUGAAGAAUCCAAUUUAUGUUAAGACUGUCCAAUUUCAUGUAAUUAAUGUCUAAGCUAUUCAUAAUGUAUAGAAUGCAUAGACAGUGUUAAUAUGGUAUUAAGUAAUGGUUAAUGUAAUUGUAUUGAUGGAUAUUCAUUAAAUUCAGAUUCAAAAUUAUGUAAAAGUUCAGGAUAAAUAACUCUAAUAGAAUGUAAACCUGAAUGUAAUAAUUGUGUCCUUGGAAAAUGUUAUGAAUGUGAUUAUAGAUGGAAUGUAGAUCCUUUUGAAUAUAUUUGUAAAGAAAAAUGUGGAGAUUUUAUUCAAUUAGUUAGUGAAUAAUGUGAAUCUAGCUUUAUUUUACCAUACAGAGGGUGUUAUAAUUGUAAACCAAGAUGUUAAUCCUCAUGUUUAAAUUGUAGUACAACUGGUUAAGGUUGUUUGGAAUGUGUUGAAGGUUAUUCUCUUAUUGAUAAUUUAUGUUAUUCAAUUUGUGGUGAUUUGAUUGUUACAUAUGAUGAAUAAUGUGAUGAUGGUAAUUUAAUUUAUGGUGAUGGAUGCCAUUUCUGUUAAUAUAGCUGUUAGGAUUCAUGUUAAGACUGCAUUAAUGGAAUAUGUUAUAAUUUUAAUUUAAAUCAUCCAUUAACAAUAAUCUAAUGUGAUCCAUUAUUAGGAAAUGAAAUAUACAAUAAUUCAUAAUUAUGCAAUUUAAUAGGAGAAUUAUAUCAAUUAAGUGAACGAUAUAAUUAUAAUUUUGCUUGUGAUAUAAAUUGUUAAUCUUGUUUUUUUAAAAUUUGUUAUAUUUGUAAUGAAAAUUACAUGCUUUCAAUAGAUUCUAGAUAAUGUAUUAAAAUUACUUUACUUUUUGAUUACUAAUUAGAACAUUGUUUAAUUAAUGUUAAUAAUUAUUGUUAAUAAUGCCAUAUUUAUGCUUAUUAUGAUUAAAUAGAAUAAAAAUGCAAACCAAAUCUUUAACAUUUAAAGUAAUGUUAAUAUUAGAUGAUUUAAUCACCUAAACAAUAUUGUAGUUAAUGUUUUGAAAAUUGUAUUUAAUGUUCUUAUGAUGGUUGUAUUAAAUGUAAAAAAGGAUAUUAUUUUGAUGAUUAAUUGAAAUGUAUUUCUAAUUGUGGAGAUGGAAUACUUACUGAUAAUGAAUAAUGUGAGAUCAAUGAUCAAAAUUGUUUAAAUUGUUAAUUCUAAAAUUCUUAAUAUUGUUUAGAUUAUCAUUAAGAAUUAUGUUUAUAAUGUUAAUUAGGAUUUUAUUAUAAUCUUGUAACCAAAAUGUGUACAUCUAUUUGUGGAGAUGGAAUCAAAGCUGAAGAUGAAGAUUGCGAUAUUGUAAAUCAAAAUAUCAAUGUAGGUUGUCAAUAAUGUAAAUAUUAUUGUAAUAAUGAUUGUAAUUUAUGCAAAGCAGGUUAAUGUCUAUCAUGUAAUCAAGGAUAUAUAUUGCUGAAUAAUUUUUGUUAUAUUAAUGAUUUAAGAAUAGAAAAUAAUCUAAUUAUAGAACAAUUAGAUAUUUUUUAAUUUGAAACAUAUUGCCUUACUAAUCUUGGUUAUUAUUUACCUCUUGUAUUUAAUUAAUGUAUACCAAUUUGUGGUGAUGGUAUAAUAACUCAGGAUGAGGAAUGUGAUGAUAAAUUGACAUAUUAAUCUCAUAUAUGUUUUAAUUGUAAAUUUUAAUGUCCAAUCAAUUGUUUAAAAUGUUUAUAUGGGUAAUGUCUUUAAUGCAUUGAAGGAUUUUAAAUAUAAGAAAAUAGAUGUUAUUCUAAAUGUAGAGAUUAAUUAAUCAAAUCAGAUAAGAUAUGUGAGGACGAUAAUAAUAUUCAAUUUGAUGGAUGCUAUAAAUGUUAAAAUAGUUGUCAAAUUGAGUGUCUUGUGUGUUAAAAUACUAAAUGUAUAUAAUGUAUAUCUGGAUGGAAUUUAAUAUAAGGGAAAUGUAUUUAGAUUUGUGGUGAUGGUUAAGUAGCAAUUAUGUCUGAAGAAUAAUGUGAUGAUCCUUAAAACUUAAAUUGCAGAAAUUGUUAAAUGUUUAUAUGCAAUGAUUAUUGCAAGCUUUGUGAUAAUCAAUAAUAAUGUAGAAUAUGUAAUGACACAUUCAAUCUAGUUAAUAAUAAAUGCAUAAAUAUUUGUGGUGAUGGAUUAUUAACAUAAGGAUUUGAAGAAUGUGAUGAUGGAAAUUAAAUUGAGUUUGAUGGAUGCUAUAAUUGUAAAUAUUCAUGUAGUAAAGGAUGUUUGGUUUGUUAAGAAAAUAAUAUUUGUUUAUAAUGUAACAAUGAAGAACAAUUUAUUCUUGAUAAUACAACUCAUAAAUGCUUUACUUAAGAUUAUUAAGAUGAGGAAGUUCAAUUAAUAAAUAAAGAAGAUCCACAAAAUACAGAGGAAAUUUAAAUUAUUAACAGUGAAGAUACAAAUAAUAAUGAUGAUGAUAUUCAAAUACUUUAGAGUGAUUACUAAUAAUUUGAAUUGAAUUGUGGUAAUGGUAAACUUUAAGCUAGUUUGAAUGAAGAAUGUGAUGAUGGAAACUUACUUGGAGGAGAUGGAUGUUCUGAAUCAUGUUUCAAUGAGCUUUCUUUUAAAUGUUAAAAUCUUGAAAACGAAAAAAGUGAAUGUGCAUAUAUAUAAGCUCCUGAUUUUAAUUUAAAUGUAAUCACUAAUUCAUAGAAUUCACUUUAAAUUAUUGAUCUAACUUUUUCUUAAUAGAUUAAAUUAAAUUAAAAUAACACAAUUGAAUCUAUUGCUGACUUUUAGAUUAAACCAGAAACUAAAUAUCAAUUAACAAUUAUUCCAUUUUCUAAUUUAACUAGUGAAUUAAAGAUGUCUCAUUACCAAUUUUAUAUUUAAUUUGAAUAAAGUGUAGAUCAUCCUAUUUUUACAUUAAGGUUUAUGGAUGAAUCAAUAAUUAAUUCUGAAAAUAUUACCAUCAAAAGUGUUUAGAAAAGUAUUUAAAUAGGAAAUCCUUUUGUCUUAUCAAACUCCACAAAAAAAAAAUUAACAUAGAUCGUAUCGAUGAAUGAUGCAAUUAUGUAUACAAUGAUAAGUAUAUCUGCAUUAUCAUUUCUAAUUGGAAAUCCAGAAAUGUUCUUUAAUCUAUUAAAUUUACUAUAAUCAUUUUCUUACAUUCGAUAUGUACAAUAUCAAUUCCCACCUCAUUUAUCACAAUUUCUUGAAACUUACUCUAAAAUCUCUUUAAAAUUAGCAUUAGAUUACUUAAAAGUGGAUUAAUUUUUAGCCUAAUUAAACAGAGGAAAUUAUCCUUAAUCAAAAAAUACAACCUUAUAAACAAAUCAGAUCAAUUAGAUAAAUCAAAUAUUUUUGGUCAAUGCAAAAAGUUGUUAUAUUACAGUUUUAACUUCAUAUCUUACCUAUUUAAUGUAUAAAGUAAUAACAUCAAAAUAAAUUGAUUAUUUCCUUAAUAAACUGACCUAAUUAAAAUAUUAAAAUAUCAAAUAUUUACAAUUUAUAGGAUUAUUUUAAAGAAAAAUCCAGUAAAAAUGUUUAAAAAUGAAGUUUGAAUACUUUUCUAAAACUAUAUUUUAGGUAUACCUUACAAUACUUCAUUAAUUUCUCUUUAGUACCUUUAUGCAAUUUCCAAACUAUAGUUUUGAAUCAUUUUUUGAAGCUUUAAAUUCAAUUAAUUCUCUAUUUGCUAUUGGUUUGAUAAUUUUUAUUAAUUUUAAAUCACUUUCUAUUACUUCCUAAUAAAUUAAAAAUGUAAAUAAAUGGAAGUAUUUUUUUGAGGAAUUAAAGUCUUAAUUUUGGGCUUCCAAUUAUAAAUCAUUCUAAUUGUAUCGUAUUACCAUUUAUAUUUUUCUAAUUGUGUUUUUUAUGAAUCAGCCUGAAAUAUAAACUAUUUUGCUCUCCCUUCAAUCCUUAAUUUACUUACUUUAUUUAUGUAAAGUAUAGCCAUUAAAAUCAAAAAAUGAAUAUAUCAAAUUAAUCUUGAGAGAAUUCAUUUUCCUUACAACUGUCGGCUCAUUUUUAAUUUACAGUUUUAAUUUAACUGAAGAAUAAUACUUAAUCUGCGGUUGGAUCCAUAUUUCAAUGCUCUCAACCAUAUUAGGUAUAAAUCUAUUUAUAGAUAUGAUUGAAUUCUUAGGUAAGCUAUAUGCUAAUUACCAAAAAAAAAAAUUGAAGUUAGAGAGGAAAUAAUAAAAGAAUAUCCAAUUUCCACUUUGA